AUGAGUUACAAUGGCGACAGCGUCGACCGUCUCUACCCGCGACCCCUCAACACAACCAAGCAGGCCCCGCACGAUGACGUCUGGCAGUCACAAUCUGCUAUAACCCUCUUGGGCCCCAACUCCAACGUCGCCGCAACGGACUCCGAGGUCCGCGCUCCUUUCUUCGCAAUCAGGAACCUCUUCGACCAUCUCUACAGACAUCCCGCCGACGCCGCAUCGUUGAACGCAACAUACCCGCGCCGCGGAAUCCUCAAGACGGCUGCAGCCACCAAGACGGAGAGUGACCAGAAAUUCACGCUUGAUUUCUUUCACGCUUGA